AGAGGAGUCUAAUCUGUACCCCUAUGCAGAAAAAAAUGAAUAGUAAGGUAGGAGGGAAGGCCACAGAUGAAGUAAGCACUUCCACUUUGGUUUCUUUUUGAGGAGAAAAGCCAAUGAGGAAAUGCUUCUGAAAUAUCAGCAACACCUGCAGAGGCAAAGAGAUGUCGUCGCCUAUAGGAUGAAGAAGCUGGCAGCGAAGCAGCUGGAAAUGACAAAAAAGACCAACGCAGUGAAGGAGAAAAUCAGGAAAAAGUACGAGGACAUGAAGCGAGUUCUGGAUGAGGAUCUUUGGAUCACACUGACCCAGUUGGACACGGAACACGAGGCCACGGAGAAGUUAAUGGAGGAGAGGAUAGAGGACUGCUACCACCUUACUCAAGAACUGGACCAAGAACUUUCCAACAUUGGUGCCCAGGUGACAAAACAAGAAGUUGACAUUCGGAAUCCUGACACAGAAAAAAGAAUAUCUGACACUCUGAAGCUGACUGACCCUGACCUGAUUCAGAUGGAUGAGUUCAAGAACGAACAACUACUGAGUCUCACCAUCAACCUGCUGCUGUUCAUUAGAUCCCAGGUCCCUGUCACAAAGAAACUGUUUCAGAGCUAUGCUGCAGAUGUCGUCCUUGACGCAGACACUGCCCACCCCAAGCUGAUUAUCUCUCCCAAAGGUGAUUCGGCAACCUACACAGACACCUGGCAGGACGUCCCAGAGACUCCCUCCCGCUUUGAGACCACCCUAAAUGUAGUCAGUCAGCAAGGUUUCAGUGAGGGGCGCCAGUACUGGGAGGUUGAGGUGAGUGGGAAGACCUACUGGGAGCUGGGGCUCACCUACCCGAGCAUCCCACGCAAAGGCCGCGAGGAGGACUCCUGGCUGGGCCGAGGCAAGGAGUCUUGGUGUGUGGAAUACUUUAACGGAGACUACACGGCCUGGCACGGUGGUGUGCAGCAUGAGCUGCCCCUGCUGGCAGGAAGGCAGUUCACUCGCAUCGGCGUGUUCUGCAGCUUUUCUGGAGGGUUGGUGUGUUUUCUUGGAGCUGAUACCAUGACACUCCUGCACUGCUUCUGCGCUGGGAACUUCGCUGACACCCUACAUCAAGCAUUAUGCCCUGGCCAUGACAACGAAGGCACAAACUGGAAGUCCCUUAAGAUCUGUGAUGCCUCCCGCUCAGCUCCUGUUCUCUGAGGUGGAACAGGAAUGUCUGAGGGAUAGAAAUGCUCAGGAAUUUGUUGCGCUGUACGGGCAUGCGCAUCAGCUGCCCCGUCUGACAUUCUUAACUUGUGACACAGCAUCAGCUCUGGAUGCUGUGCGUGUCAGGCUAGUCUAUAUUUGUCUGAAGGAAUUUUUAAAGCGCGUCUCUAUUUUAGAUCAAAGAAUGAGUCAUUCAUGCUUUUCUUUAUAGAGUACACACUAAAGCCAACAUGACAUUAGAUAUGUUCUUCAUACUGUAACUAAGGCUGUGUUGAAUCAGAAUAUCCAGAUAAGGAACUUAAAUUCAAAGAAGUUGACAAACUUGAUCUGCUUUUAAACUCAAAUAUUUGUCUGCUAUUAUUCAGCCAAUUGAACUUAAAUAAAACUUAAUAAAACUUGGCACAGGCAUAGUUGGUUUUGGUCUUUUCGUGACAAAAACAUGGAAUAUUGUCAACCUAACAAUACGUGUUUUACUAAGAGAAAGCUGUUUGUCUUAUAUAAGUAUAUUAAGUAUGGAUUGCUGUAAAACAGUGAAUAUAACUUGGGGUAUAUUAAAAAAGCAAACAUAAAUUAUUAUCAAUAUUUGUUCAAGUGAGAAUCAGUGUAAUCUUUGCCAUGUUACAAACAUCUUCCUUGUCCUAAAAAGUGUUUGUGUUUGUGUUCACAGAAGAAAACUCACACACAACUCGUUACGCAAUAAAUUCAUGUUUAAUACAAUAAAUUGUUUACAUAAGCAUUCCUCUGUUUUGAAAUUAUUUAAACAAGGUUUUGCCCCAAAUUAAAAAAAAAAAAAAAAGAAAGAAAAAAAAAUUGUCCAGGAUUAUAUUUUCAAUAUAAUUCCUUCAUUCAUUUUUUUUUCUCCAAAUCUUUUCAAAAUAUUCCUGAGGACAACAGCAUUUAACACUGGAAAGCAUUUAAAAUUUUACUUUUAAAAAUAUAUAUAUAUAUUUUCCCUCCUCCAAUGAACUCCAUUCCAAAACAAGUGGAGCAAACACUCCUUUCAGCACAGGUUGGGCACCACAUCACUGAUCAGAGAUCCAUGUGUCGAGAGGAUUCAAGAGUUGUGGCUGUAUUGGACAAAUGCACUGGGUGUAGAAUGGGACAUGUAUCUUAACUGCCAGUGCUGAUCACACCUCUGGCAACUAUAAAUAUCAUGUGAGUGUUAUCAAAAUAAAAA